AUGAAUCACUAUGAUUACUUUAAUCCUUUGGAAUCUGAUUCCAACUCAAGUGAUAUCCAAUAUGAUAAAGAAGAUGAGGAUGAAAAGAAAUUUGAUGCAUAAAUGAAAAAGCAAAAGGGAAAUACCAAAAACACAUACAUCAAUAAAAUCUCAUCUUUGAUUAAAAUAGCGAAUUCUGAAUAGGUGGAAGAGAAAGGUGGAAAAAAAUAAGUUUAAGCUAAGUCGUCAAAUUAACUCUUUGGAGGGGCAUCAAUGGUUGAUAAAGAAGAUAAACUAAAAAAAAAUAGAGAAUCUGCAAGAAAUAGUCGGAAGAGAAAGAAGAUUUACUUAGAAUUAUUAGAAAAUAAAGUUACAAUAUUGUCAGAACAAUUGGAAAGUUUUUAAAAAGUUAAUGACUCUACUGCUGAUUUGGCUAUGAAAUUACAACAUAAAAUAAGCUAAAAAUAAGAGUAAGAUCAGAAUAAAAUGGUCUUAUUCUCCAAUUUAUAAAAUACUGUUUAGAAUAAUGUUAGUGAAAUGAACAUUGAUACUAUAAUAGAAUCAUUAAAUAAAAAAUUUGGGGCUGGAUCAUUUGAAAGGCAACAAUAGUUGGAUCAUUAUUUUAACCAAAUAUAUGAAAACUGUCUAUCUCCUUAUCUAAAUUAUAUCAUUGGGGCCGCGAAAACAGAAUAAGAUAUUUUCAAUGGGUAAAAUGGAAAUAGUGACUCUGGUGUUUUAAGGAAUUUGAAAUUGACAGAAAAAUAAAAGUAGAUUCUUUUAAAGAAGCAUAAAAAGUUACUCAGAUUUUAGAAUGAUCUUACAAACACUUUAUCAUCUUUCUAAGAAAUUAAAAACCAAAUAUAGAUUGAGUUGAGUUCGUAUGGGUAAACUUUAGAAUAACUAAGAAAGGAGUUAAAGCCAAAUUAGGUAGGGAAAUUCCUUAUUGAAAUUGAGAAAAAAGAUAUGCAACAUCAUUUUAGAGAAUAAUUCGAAAAAUACUUUGGAGCAGAGAUGGAUGAAGAUGAUUCAUUAGACUUAUAUCAAUUUAUGGCAGAACAUAAUUAUUGCAAUACUCUAGGCAUCGAUAUUCAAAAUACUUAUCAUAUUUAUAAAUAAUCAAAACAAUUUUUAAGUAGAAAGUAUGACGUAGAUGAAUAGAAAUAGCAAUAAAAUAAAGAUGAAUGA